AAGCUUACGCAAAAUUGCAUUUAUUUUUGCUUCGUCAAGAACUCUUACCGGUUGAUUUUGCAGACGAUCUGUCUCGUCUCUGAACGAACCCAUUUCUUCAUCCUCUAAAGCGGAAAAUUUCACCAAUUCAUUAAGAAGAGGAGGAGGAGGAAUUGGAGAGAUUCGACAAGAGAGGGAUUCGAUUCGCAAAUUUUGGCCACUGUCAUCAAUAAUUGAUGUCCACAUCCAUGGAGAUUCCUAGCUCGUGGGAUGCCCUUCGCAAACAGGCGAGGAAACUUGAAGCUCAGUUGGAUGAGCAAAUGAAUUCUUUCCGAAAACUGGUUUCAACAAAGGGUUCUACGAAUGUUGAUACAGCUGAUAGUGAUGUUGAAUCUGGGAUAGAACGUCUGUUAAAGCAGUUACAACAAGUGAAUUCACAGAUGCAAGCUUGGGUUUCAUCAGGUGGUUCUGAAAUGGUUUCCCAUACAUUGACUAGACAUCAAGAAAUUCUUCAAGAUCUUACGCAGGAGUUUUAUCGUCUUCGCUCCAGCCUCCGAGCCAAGCAAGAACAUGCUUCACUUUUAGAUGACUUCAGGGAGUUUGAUCGUUCAAGACUUGAAUUGGAAGAUGGUUUGGGAACUGCAGAACAAACUCUUCUAAGGGAGCAUGCAUCGGUUAGCCGUAGCACAGGACAGAUGGAUAAUGUGAUUUCACAAGCUCAAGCAACCUUAGGUGCACUUGUCUUCCAGCGAUCGACCUUUGGUGGCAUCAACUCAAAGCUUAGUAAUGUUAGCAGUCGCCUCCCAUCGGUAAAUCAUAUUCUUGGAGCAAUAAAGAGGAAAAAGUCAAUGGAUACAAUCAUACUUUCUCUUGUUGCGUCCAUAUGCACAUUUCUGAUCUUCAUCUACUGGUUGACCAAGUGAGUUGUGAUUAUGUUCUUGGCAACUGUGUUGAACUUGUUACAUGCUUGUUGUUUUCAUACUCCUCUACAGGGUCCAGCUCAUCUUUUCUAUUGACUCUACUUGUAACAAUUUUUCCCAGUAAUUCAUUAAAUAUUUUUCGUAAUGUCACUGAACUUUAAUCAAUUGUCGGGUUGUGGGGGUGUGAGGGUACAAUAUAAAUAAUCUAUCGACGUGCCUGGGAAAUGAAGUUGUUCCUAUUACUACUGUCGUAUUUUUGUUAUAUUUAGUGAUAUCACCAACAACGGAGAUAAAUCUGGGAUUUUUUUUUUGUAUUGAGUAUAAUAUGGGUGGAGGAUUCGAACCACAGACUUUUCAGUCGUUA